CCCAAAUGAAAAACACCUUUAAAGUCUGCUGUCACUCAACUUUAAUUUGAAAAUGUACUAUCUUCUCAAAAGUUGAACGUGAACGAUGUCAGCUUGUCGGACAUUGAAAGUGACGUUGGGGUGGCAGCUGUCGGACUCACAUUCUGUUUGGUUCCGAUUCGGCCCACAUCUUCUCCUCGACGGAGCAUCCAAGUGGUUUUACUUGUUUUGUACUAGUUUUCUUCUGUAACUUUUUGGGCGUUUUGACAAAGUGACAUUUAAUGUUGUGAGGCGUGUCUGCUGACGUCACGGAGAGCGAAUUCUUGCUCAAGACAAACUGGUUUAGCACCUGACUCAGGUAGGUAAUGCCAGAAAGAAGUGGUGUGUCCUUUUCUGACCCUGACACGCGUGAAGCCCCACCCAUUGGCAGUAAUGACCGCGCUUCGUCAUCCUGCGACUCCUGGUCUGGACAUCGCCCCGCCAGCCUGAUCUCUACGCUGUCCUCGGGGUCCGCAUCUUCCCGCGACGAGGGGACGCCUCCAGGAUCUUACGCCAACUGCAGCCUGGAUCCGCGCCCUGACGAGGAAGGAGCAGGUUACGCGCAGCCGUUGACGCGCCCAAAAUGUGAGCAGGAGGCGCGGGGCCUUGGCCUUCCUCGCCGGGACAAACUCUCCUCGCCUCACGUGACCAGAAGCAUGGCGCCCAAUGUCCAGACCACCUACUUGGACCGCGUUGUCAUGGAGAUCAUCGAGACGGAGAGAACGUACGUGAGAGACCUUCGCAUGAUUGUGGAGGACUACCUGGCCCACAUCAUCGACCAGGUGGACCUGGCCAUCCGUCCAGAGCAGGUGUGUUUCCUCUUCGGGAACAUCGAGGACAUUUACGAGUUCAACAGCGAGCUGCUCCAGGAUCUGGACCUGUGCGAACAUGACGCCGUGGCGGUGGCCAGAUGCUUCGUGAUGAAGAGCCAGUACUUCGACAUUUACACUCAGUACUGCACCAACUACCCAAAUUCUGUGCUGGCGCUGACCGAGUGCAUGCAGGACUCGUCUCUGGCCGUCUUCUUCCGGGACCGCCAGGACGCCUUGAAGCGCUCGCUGCCUUUGGGUUCAUACCUGCUCAAACCCGUCCAGAGAAUUCUCAAGUACCACCUGUUGCUUCAGGAGAUCGCGAAGCACUUUGACCCUGAGGAGGAGGGAUACGAGGUCGUGGAGGAAGCCAUCAUCACCAUGACGGGCGUGGCCUGGUACAUCAAUGACAUGAAGCGCAAACACGAGCACGCUGUCAGACUGCAGGAGGUUCAGUCGCUGCUGUUGAACUGGAAAGGUCCGGACCUGACCACGUAUGGAGAGCUGGUUCUGGAGGGAACCUUCAAGGUUCACCGUGCCAAAAACGAGAGAACGCUCUUCCUGUUGGAGCGCGUGUUGCUCAUCACCAAGCGGCGUGGAGAACACUUUGUCUACAAGACACACAUCUCUUGUUCCACGUUGAUGCUGAUUGAGAGCACCAAAGACAGUCUGAGCUUCAGCGUGACGCACUACAAGCAACCCAAGCAGCCCCACACAGUCCAGGCCAAGUCAGUGGAGGAGAAGGAGAUGUGGGCCCAUCACAUCAAACGCAUCAUUCUAGAAAACCACCACGCUCUCAUCCCACAGAAGGCCAAAGACGCCAUCUUGAGUUCCAGAUACCCUCACAAGUAUCGCUCCAGUCCUGACACCUUCAAGAAAGUCGUGUCCCGUCUGACGGAUGAGUUUCCACGGCGACGGUCAGCAGAGUUGAACAAAGGAAGUGAAAAGAGCUCCAAAGGAGAAGUGGGCGUGGUCUCAAAGGAGGAACGCGUGUCCAAGCAAAAAAGUGGGCUUGUCGAGGAGGCAGGAAGUGAUGCAGCUGCUGAGCAGAUGUCCACAGAUGAGCUGCUACCAGAGGAAAAGUUGGAUUCUUUACGUCCUUCCGAUUCCAACAGUUUGUCAGACGAGCUGAAAGUUCCUGGGUGCACGGAGGAACCACCUUCUGCCGCCGCAGAGUUACAAUGUAAGCCGUCAAGUAGCGGCGAGUCGUCUGAAGACGAAGACGGCGACCAAGGCAGCAGCAUCCUUCCCUCGUCCGUCCUGGACAAAGCGGGCGUCAUUGCUCAGCACUUCAGCAGCAUCAAGCGAGGUGUUCUGGUCCAAGACGACAUCGGCUCACUCGGGCCUUCUUCGCGGGUGCCCAUGGCGGUCGAGCACAUUGGACCACCUUCGCAGCUCAACAGCAUCGACUCGGAUCUGAGUGACGUCUCGGCCUCCACCGAUUUGACGCUGUUGUCUCCUCGAGGGGAUGCAGGACAAGGUGUCCCGCAGAGGCGAGACUCUGUCCUCUCCAGCCAGGACCAGCUUCUCAUUGGCAAGAUCAGGACUUACUACGAUAACGCUGGGAACCGGGAUGCCAGCUUCCGCCUCCAGCGUAGGGAGAGUCUAACGUACAUCCCAGCAGGCCUGGUGAAGACCUCCAUCAGCCGCCUCAACAGCUCACAGACGAGCUCCUCACCACCCGCUGUAGACCAACCGCCACUGACACCAAAUUCACCGUCAGGCCUUCCAGGUCUUGUGUUCUCCAGUGACUGUUUGGACACUCAGAGUCAAGAAGAUCCUAAAGGUUCUGGGUCGACCACAAGAGGAUUCUUCAGGUCUGGAUCUCAGAGCAUAGAAAAGUUCAGACCUUCCUCUGAAAUGGUCCAAGUCUGGCAGGUGAUGGAGCAGCAUCUCGCUGAGACGUCGUCCCUUUCUGAAGUCAAAAACCGAAGAUUUCAGGAGGACGGUGGAGCGUCAGUCCUCGGCGCCAUCACAGAAGAGUCCUCCAAUCCUUCAUCCCUCAAGCACAAAACCAACGACCCGACCCAGACAGGAAGUCCGACCAAUCCUCCCAUCGCCGUCAGAGCUCAGCUUCUUCAGCUCACGGCAGAAACAGCAGAUGAGGACGACAAAGCGGAGAACAAGGUCCGCCAUCUUGCUCGUCAGUACAGCCAGCGGAUCAAAACGGUCCAACCUCUCGUCCGACAGCGAAGUUACGGAAGCCUGAUGAAAGGAAACAAGUUGACCUGCGUCGUGGAGGAAAGCUCAGGUCGACCCAAUUUGAGUCUUGGAACUGUUCCUCCUACAAGCCCUGUAGAUCAGGUCCGGUCCGUGAGUCCUGACCCAGCUGGCGCCUCUCCGGGUCGGACUUGCUCCCGCAGUCCUGUCAGUGUUCCUCAGCGCACCGAAGGCUUCAACUGGCCCGACGUGCGAGAACUGCGGUCCAAGUACUCUGACCAGAGUGGCUCCACCUUAGAGCAGAAGUUUGACGUUGGCCCUCGGGAGCGUUUCUGCUCCUCCUCCGGUGAUGUCAGUGAUGCGCCGUCCCAGCAGUUGUACAACAGCCGGACCACUGGCCGCCACGAGACCUACAAACGACUCCACAGAACAAAUUCUCUGGACCCUCGGCUUGCAGCACCGCACGUGAGUGAGAUGUCGGAGCUCCGAAGCCAGCAGGACGCCAACGACAGCGAUGACCACGUCUCAGUCCAGGUGCCGCUAUUUGUCACGGGGAAGCUUUCACCAGAAGAACCAUCGCCGCCUGCAAGUGCCAGCAAAGACGAAGACGACCUUUACGUUCAGAUACGCUCGCCAACCAGCCGGGAGAAGAUCUCCAUCAUGGCCGUCAUAGACCGUUGCCGGGCUUACCGGGAAUCUGACGAGUACAAAGAAAGGAGCGAGUCGCUGAAGUCCACUUCGUGCUCCGGCGACGACUGCCAACGAGCGAGCACCGCCUCGGGACAGAACUCGGUGAAAAGUCUCAGAGAAAAGUUCCAGAACCUCAACUCCUAAAAUCCUCUUUGUUGCCGACAUGUCAUGUGACGCGUGAAGGGUCACGUGAUCAUCUGGAAGCGUCUCCAUAACGACAGCAACAAUUCACAAAGAAAAGAUCAUUUUAUUUUCAUAUGCAAAUGAGAUGCAAAUUUUGAUAACUCUUUCCUACUUUUACUUUGCUGUAACAUUCAUCCACUGUAUAAAUACACAUGUAUAUUACACUACAUAUUUGUACCAUACACUAUGUAUUUAUACUGAACUGCACAAAAUAUUUAUACUAAACAUGAUAUAUUUAUACUA